AUGACCGGUAUGACGGUUCCAGUUUGUUCAAUGAACAGUACAGGUGAUAUUUAUCUAUUAAAUCAGGAUUUGAUUAAUGCAGCAAAUACUGCUAUAUAUUUAAAUACUCAAUUUAAUUCAAUGUAUUAUACAACAUUAAACAUGACAGAAUUAAAUGAUUUUCAAUCAAAUAAUUUACCAUUAUUAGAACAAUACAUUAAUGUACAUGGUACUACACAUAUGUCUUAUUGUUCACGUGUGACAAGUUUUAAAUCCAAUUUUUAUUUACGUAAUAUUUUACAAACUUAUGUACAACCCUUUGUAAUAUUCUUUACAAUUAUAACAAAUUGUUUAAUAUCAAUUGUAUUAAAUUAUCCAACAAUGCGUAAUUCAACCAAUAUUAUAUUAUUAGGUAUAGCUAUAUGUGAUUUAUUAACUGUAUUAUUACCAUUACCUGUAUAUUUAUGCUUUUUAACAAGUAAUAUAUUUUCUGAAAAUUUAACAAUAUUUAAAGGAUAUAGUGUCACUUAUUUAACUACAAUAUUACCAACUGUAUGUCAUACAUCAUCAAUAUGGUUAACUGUAUUAUUAGCAUUACAACGAUUUAUUUAUGUACAAUUUCCAUUAAAAGCAAAUCAGAUUUGUUUAUGUCAAUGGAGAUCAGUUCAAUUAUUAAUUAUUUUAACUGUAUUCGCUGGUUUAUUAUUACAAUUACCGCAUAUGAUUGUAAUGCAUUUUAUUAAUGCAUUAGAAUAUUGUCUUUUAUCAUCGAUAUCCUCAUCCUUACCACCACUACCACCAUCAUCAUCAUCAUCUUUACCACCAUCACCACCAUCAUCAUCAUCAUCGUCAUCCUCACCACCAUCAUUAUCAAUAUCAAAUUAUUUAUCUGAUUCACAAUUUAUUUCAUAUCUAUUUAAUACUACUGAUAAAAUAAAUCAUUAUAAUUAUAUAAGAUUUCAUAAAAUUAAUUUGAUGAAAUGUACACCAAUGAGUCAAACAAUAUUUUUUACAUUAUUAUAUUAA